CUCCUGGCCUAGAAUAUUGCCUGGAGGCAAAAUUAGCAGGGGUGUGAACCAACAAGGAGUGGAUUUCUACAAUUCUCUAGUCGACGAGCUUCUAUCAAAUGGUUCAAUAAUAUAGUGAUUUUACUCUCUUUUUUCUUUUUCUUUUUUUUUUUAUUUGAUAAUAAAUUAAUCAUUUAUAUUGACAAUCAAACCUUUUGUUGCUGAAAUUACAAAUUAUCAAAUGGUCUAAUAUAAUAAAAUUGACAAUCAAUUAAGUGAAAUUACAAAGUAAAAUUCAGCUGAGCUGCACUGCAGGUAUCCAGCCCUUUGUCACUUUAUUCCACUGGGAUCUUCCUCAAACCCUUGAAGAUGAGUGUGGAGGAUUCUUGAGCCCUAGCAUUGUGUAUGUAAUCAACUACUACUACUACUAUUACGACGUAGGAGUAAUUCUAAAACCCAAUUAACCCAUGAUUAUUAUCCUUACACUAGUACUAAUUAAAAAUGAUUAUGGGGACUAUGUGGACUUCUGUUUUAAUGAAUUCGGUGACCGAGUGAAGCACUGGAUUACCCUGAACGAGCCAAAUCUAUUCACCGAAUUCGGCUAUGCUGACGGUACUGCUGCACCCGGUCGCUGUUCUGACUACAUCGGAAACUGCACCGCUGGAAACUCUGCCACCGAACCCUACUUGGUGGCUCACCACUUGAUUCUUUCUCACGCAACUGCUGUCAAACUCUACAGGGACAAAUGCAAGGGUUCUCAAAAUGGUACGAUUGGUAUCACAGUGGAAACAUACUGGAUGGUCCCUAAAUAUGAGACAGUGGUCAGUCAAGAGGCUGCCUCCAGGGCUCUGGAUUUUGCGUUUGGGUGGAUUGUUCAUCCAAUCACAUAUGGUGAUUACCCCAAAAUCAUGCGAGUCAUGGUUGGAAAUCGACUGCCCCAAUUCACUGAAGAAGAAUCCAGGAUGGUUAGAGGUUCAAUUGAUUUCCUUGGAAUCAAUUACUAUUCUGCAAGAUAUGUAGAUGAUUGCACAUCCUGCCCAACCGGCGACCUCAAUCUCAGCUACACCACCGACAGCCAUGUGAACGAGACCACUGACAAAAAUGGAGUUCCUAUUGGUGAACCGACGGAGGCUAGCUGGAUUUAUAUAUAUCCCAAGGGAAUUCAACAACUGGUGCUCUAUGUUAAGAGAAAAUACAUGAAUCCUCCUAUUUACAUAACUGAGAAUGGAAUGGCUGACUUUAACAAUAAAAUAUUGCCAAUUAAGGAGGCCCUCAACGAUAGCUUGAGAAUCAAAUACCAUAGUCUCCAUCUCUCCUAUCUCUUGAAAGCAAUCAAGGAUGGAGCUGAUGUGAGAGGAUAUUACGUUUGGUCAUUUCUUGAUGACUUUGAGUGGGAAUAUGGUUUUACUGAUCGCUUCGGUGUCACUUAUGUAGACUUCAAAAACAAUUUGAAAAGAUAUUUCAAACGCUCUGCAUUUUGGUUCAAAAACUUCCUUGCAAAAGAUAAUAUUGCAAACACCUCUUUCGCUUCUAUGUAAAUGUGAAUGUGCUUCAUAUUAUAUGACUUCACUAUAUUUAUGUAUACAUCUUAAUAGACAAUUCUUUUCUUA